UCUCUCUCCCUAAAUUAAACCAUUUCUCAGAAUUUCAAGGGUUGGGAAUCCCUUCUUCAUUCGAUCCUCUUUGCCAAAAUUCAUCCUCUCUCUCUCUCUCUGCCUCUCAUCCGACAACAUUUGUUUGCUCCGCCCUGACCCAGGCUCCGUUUGAUUCCCAUGUCUGAUUUCCUGCCGCGCCAUUUCUCUUGUUCAAGGGCGGGGACGGUCCGCACGAUUCGCACGCCCGCAAUGCGCCGCGUUUGAUCGCUCGCUCUCCCUUGUCGGAAACCCGGAAUUGUGUCGUGUUACCUCGGUUUCCCCGAGAGAGAGAGGGGCGGGGGAAGAGAACGGGAGCAUGCUCGCCGCGGGCAACCCGAGUUGCGCGGGACCGUGACGAUCUGUUUGAUAAAACUGGACUGUAGAAAACCCGUCGGAAUUCCGGUAAAAAAGGAAGGGCGAUCGUAAUGGCUAGCGUCAGCUCGACCACGAUCCAAAUUAACACGACCGGGAGCGCGAACGGCUCCGCUCUCGUCUCCCCGCCGUCGCCACCGGCCUCCUCUUUGUCCCCUCCGUCCGCCAGUGGCGACAACAUGUCCUUAACGGGCGCGACCCCGCCGACCAGCUCGACUUCUCCACCCACUUCGCCGCCGUCUCCACCGCCACCGAGUAGUCCCGACUCGUCCGCCUCCUCGCCUCCUCCCAAUUCGAGCGCCUCGCCUCCUAGUCCCCCGCCGCCGUCGAGCUCCUCCCCACCGCCAACGCCCCCAGCAGAAUCCAAAGCAAAGGCGCCUCCUAAAUUUUCCCCGCCGCCGGCACCUGCCUCUAGUUCGGGUUCCUCGCCACCUUCUCCACCGCCCACGCCUCCAGCAUCUCCCCCUCCCUCCCCUCCGCAAUCUUCGGCUCCGUCCGGAUCGCCUCCACCUCCCGACCAGCUUUCACCUCCUCCGCCUCCCGCACCGGUGAGUGGGACAGGUGCGGUGCCAGCACCGGCUAUUAGUCCCCCUCCGCCGACUUCCAGCACCGGACCGUCUCCUCCAAUAGCAUCUACUUCCCCUCCCCCGCCUUCGGCUCCUACAGCUAGUGGAUCGCCACCCGCAGCACCUACCAAUUCGACUCCCACAACGAAUUCUGGAUCAACUCCUCCAUCUCAAACAUCCAGCAGAAUUCCGACUUCCACCAGCAAUUCCACUUCAGGAGGAUCAAGCACACCCUCAUCAAGCACUUCCACUGUCAUCGGCGCGGCAGCUGCCGGAGUCUUUCUCGUCGCCCUUAUCGCUCUGGUUGUCUUGGUACUUAGGCGGAAAAAGAGAAAAGAGGGGGCGUUUGCCUCAAAGUAUGUCCCGCCCUCUGGCUUGUCACCGCAAUCAGAUAAAUAUUACUACGGGCAGCAACCGCAUAUGAUGGGCGGAACUGGCCAUUCAGGUCCCUAUUAUGGGUCGCAAGGCCAGAAUUCAUCUAUCGAAAACAGCUUCGGGUCAGAGGGGGGAGGGAACAUGUACCACGGAGGUGGAGGAGACUCCAGUGUAAUACCAAGCUCAAAGAGCUUCUUCACUUAUGAAGAAUUGAUGGAAAUAACCAAUGGAUUUUCUCAUCAAAAUAUCAUCGGCGAGGGUGGCUUCGGGUGCGUUUACAAGGGUUGGCUAUCGGAUGGGAAACUAGUUGCUGUCAAGCAGCUCAAGGCAGGCAGUGGACAGGGAGACAGGGAAUUCAAGGCCGAGGUAGAGAUUAUCAGUAGGGUUCAUCAUCGGCAUUUGGUGUCUUUGGUGGGCUAUUCGAUGGCCGAGAACCAGAGGCUGCUUAUAUACGAGUUCGUCCCUAACAAAACCCUCGAGCACCAUUUGCACGAGAAAGGAUUGCCAGUUCUGGAAUGGACCAAAAGAGUGAAGAUCGCCCUAGGCUCUGCAAAGGGUCUGGCAUACCUACAUGAAGAUUGCCAUCCAAAGAUUAUCCACCGAGACAUUAAGUCAGCAAACAUUCUGUUGGACGAUGCCUUUGAAGCACAGGUAGCAGAUUUUGGACUGGCCAAACUAACGAAUGAUGCAAAUACUCAUGUAUCCACAAGAGUCAUGGGGACAUUUGGGUACCUGGCACCUGAGUAUGCAUCUAGUGGGAAACUGACGGAUAGAUCAGAUGUAUUCUCCUUUGGGGUUGUGCUUUUAGAGCUUAUCACUGGCCGUAAACCUGUUGAUGCAACUCAGCCUUUGGGUGACGAAAGUUUGGUUGAGUGGGCUCGUCCAUUGCUACUCCAGGCCCUUGAAACUGGGGACCCAAGCGAGCUAGUGGAUCCACGGCUAGAGAAGAAUUAUGUGGAGGGUGAAAUGUUCAGAAUGAUCGAGGCAGCUGCGGCUUGUAUACGCCAUUCUGCUGCAAAGAGGCCUCGUAUGGUUCAGGUCGUAAGAGCACUUGACAGUGAGGGCGACAUGUCUGAUCUAACAAAUGGGGUGAAAUAUGGUCAGAGCACCGUCUAUGAUUCAGGCCAGUAUAAUGAAGAUAUAAUGAAAUUCAGAAGGAUGGCUCUUGGCAGCGGCGAUUCCUCAGACUACGGACCAUAUAGUGGAGAUUACAGCUCUAGAGAGGUUUCCGGCGCUCAAAAGAUUCCGUGGAAGUCUCGGGACAGCUCGAACGAGUUCACAAGCAGUGAAUCCGAAACUCGAGCUAUGAACCCACUGAACUCAGAGAAGCGAUUUCCAGGGGCCCAAGGGGGUUACGGCAUGCGUAGGUUCAGUUGACGACAAGACCUGCACAUCUGUGUACGAAGCUCCUUUCCACUGAAUAUGUCGAAAACUUAUGGCAACAGCGGGAGGCCUCGGCUGAAUGUAAGGCCUCAGCUUGAUCUUCCCGUGAGAUUAUUGACUAGGACACGGAUGUGUGAUAUGUUGUUUCGUUUUGCUUCCCCCAAGUGACUGGCAGUGUUGGUCGGGGGCACGGGAAACAUGUAGAUUGUGAGUCGGAUUCAAGAGACCCUUUCGAGUGACAAAAGAAGCAUGCACAGCAUUAGGAGUUGAUCAUGUUAAUCCGCGGGUACAUUCGCUACAAUAAGCUAUUGAGAGUGACCCCAUUGUGAUUUUUUUGCUAAUCUUUUUGGACUAAGGAAGUGGGUGUCUGGUUAUAGUUUCAAACCAGGUUCUGGGAUUGCGGCCUUGUCUUGAUUUUU